AUGGCGCCGCCGUGGGGGAAACCUCUGCGCCACUGCGCUCGGAUUGAAGGCGAGCACGAGGAGCAGCAGGGAGAGGGCGGUGGUGGCUGUGAUGGCAGCAGCAGCAGUCCCAAGCAGGCAGUCAACCCUGGGGAAGAGGAGAUGGUGGAAUCUGGUCCUGUGACAGCGACGCCCAAUGCUGCUUGUGGAUUCCAAGAAAGCUAUGGUGUGGUGGAGGUGGAGCUCGUCUUGCCUAACAGCCCCUUCGUGUCCCCCACCAAGGAGGAGGCCUCAUACGCUGAUGCUGUCACCGCUGCAGCCGCCCCGUUGCACCCACGUCUUCCACCACCCUCGACCUGCCCCUACAGCUCCUACUUUCAGGUGCCCAGGUUUUCUCCUGGGCAUGAAGCCAUUGGGCUGUGAUGUGUGAGGUGCACAGAGCAAAAAAAGGGGGAGGGGGCCCUCCAUUCCUCUAAUAUGGGAGUAAGUGUCAACAAGAGCCCUCCUUGUGCCUGUCUUUCUGAUAGUGUUGUAACCAUUAAUAAUAAGCUAGCUGCUGCUCCCAUGACCAUGAUGCAUGUAUAUGCCAGCAUAGAUCCUGAAUCAUGAUGGUCAUAAUCUGUGUGUUGACGGGCUGUUGUGCGCA